AUGUCAAGUUUAACCAAUAAUACUACAAAUCGAAUCUUAUCUUCAUCAAAUAAUACAACCUUUUCUCAAUCAUCAUCAUCACCAUUUAUUAACAAUAAUGAUACUGAUACAUCAACAUCAACACUUGGUCUAACAGCAAUGGGUUUAGCUGCUGUAACAGCUAAUAAUACAUCUAUUACAGAAUGUGAUUCAAAACGUAAUAUAUCAUCGAAACUUGAUGAUCCUUAUGCUAGUUUUUAUGCAUUAAAUCGAACAUUACCUCCACCACCACCACCACAUCCUUCAACAGGAGCAUCUCCAUUUAAUAUUAUUAAUCAAUCAUCAAAUAAUAAUAAUUUACAAUUCAAUACUAAUCCAACAGGUCAUUCUGAUAGUGGAGCAUUUAAAAAAAUCAAACAUGAAUCACCUUUAUCAAAUACUCAUUCAUAUAAUCAACUUCACUCAUGUAAUCCUCAUUAUCAACAGCUAUCUUCUUUAUCAUCAAAUAAUACAAAUAAUCUUUCACCAACACAUUCAUCAAAUUCAAGUCAAUCAUCUCAUCAUUCAUUAUCAAAUCCUGCAAGUCAAUGUGCAACACCUGCAAGACGUCGACAUCGAACAACAUUUACACAAGAACAAUUAGCUGAACUCGAAUCAGCUUUUGGUAAAAGUCAUUAUCCAGAUAUUUAUUGUCGAGAAGAAUUAGCUCGUGCUACAAAAUUAAAUGAAGCUCGUAUACAGGUUUGGUUUCAAAAUCGAAGAGCUAAAUAUCGAAAACAAGAAAAACAAUUACAAAAAGCUUUAUCACCCGUCCUUUCACCAUGUAAUGCAAUGAUGAGAAAUUUUUAUCAAACAUCUACUGGAAGACCUUAUCAAUAUGGAACAUCAACCAAUGGAACAAAUAAUACAACAUCAAAUCAAAUUCGUUAUCCACCAUCAGCCGUUGUCUAUUCACAAUUUUCGCCACUUACAGCUGCCAGUAUUCGACAGGACAAUCCAUUACCUUUUCAAGAUACGGACUGGUAUAAUAAAAGUUUAUCAUCAUUUCGUGUCGAUCAUACAUCAAUGCUUCAUUAUCCAGCUUAA